AUGCCUCUCCACAAGUACACGUACACCAACGGUUAUCGGGCUCCAGCACCGGACUCGCCAGUCACCGAGGAGACUAGCGGGGAGAAGCCCUCCUACGUAUAUCCUGAGCCAGCCCUAAAGCCCACAUCGCUCAAACCAAAUGAGAAGGGGAUACUCAAGGACGCUACUUUCCCAUCCCUCCUCGCGGGUACCAGUGCUCCAGGGGUUCUCCCAAGCUGGUUCAAGAAGGACUCUGAAGUCGACGUUGUCAUCUGUGGAGCUGGACCUUCCGGCCUUGAAGUAGCGGUCUCCUUGCUGAGGCAAGGUGUAUCCUUCCGAAUUGUUGAUAAGGCCGCUGCUCCCUUGCUAGCUGGUAGAGCCGAUGGUGUACAACCACGUUUCCUAGAAACCAUUGGGACUUGGGGCUUGGCUACCGAAGUCGCUGAAGAAGGACCUUUGAUCGAGCGCACGGCCAUUUGGAAAGACGGACGUUGCCUCCACUGGGGGCACUCCCAUCAGUCCGAUUCUCGCUACCGCGGCCUUCAUAUUAUCACGCAAACAGCCAUUGAGCACAUCUACAUUCGCGACCUUCUUCGGCACAAGAAGCUAGUCGAGCGAAGAACUACUGUCAAGUCCUUCACUGUCGAUGAAUCAGGCGACGACAGCCACCCAGUCAGCGUUACACUGAUAAACGAGGAUACUGGCGAGCAGGAAGUUGUCAGAGCCAAGCACCUUGUCGGAUCCGACGGAGGAAAUAGUACUAUCAGAAAGCAGGCUGGUAUUCCCUUCGAAGGAGAGACUACAGACAUUCACUGGGGUAUUCUCGAUGCCGUCUUUGAAACCGACUACCCCCAUGCCAACGUAUUCGGUUUCGUUAUGAACUCAGAACAUGGCGGUUGCUGCAUUAUUCCCCGUGAAGAUGGGAUGAUCCGGCUUUACACGGAGAUUUCGUCCGCCAAAAACAAGACGCUCGUUAACAAGAAGGGCGGCAGAUUGAACAUCACUAACGUCACUCCGGAGGAGAUUCUCGAGCAAGCAAACAAGAUCUUCCAUCCCUUCAAGCUCAAGUUUGGCUCGCCACUCAGUUGGUUUACGGUGUGGAACAUCAGCGAACGUGUCGCGCAACAAUUCUCCUACAAAGACCGCGUACAUCUUGUUGGUGAUGCAUGCCACGUCCAUAGUGUCCUUGGUGCAUUCGGUCUGAACGCCAGUAUCCUCGACGCCGCUAAUCUCGGGUGGAAACUCGGUUGGACUAUCAAGGGCCUCGCGUCUCCGGAGAAGUUGAUCCACACUUACGGGGAGGAGCGCCGAAGGCAUGCUGUCCGGAUCAUCGAGGUUUCUGGGACAUAUCUCCGAUUCGUUAGCGAGUCGGGCAUUGACGUCUCGAAACUCCAAGGCAUCGGAACAGAGAAGCGAGAGGACCAAGAAGCAGACGACGGGCUCGUCUUCGACAAGCAACUUCAGGCUGUUGACCCGGACAAGGCUUUCUUGAAGGCCUUCUUCGCUAAGAAUAUUCCAUUCUUGCUGGGUAUCGACGUUCCAUAUGGACACAGCGAAUUGAACCCCCCACGCACAGUCGAGAGUUUCAAUGGCGUUAGCUCCUUGAAGACCGUGUCAAAGAGGCAGGCGACUGAAGUGAGGUGGGGAGUUCGCGCCCCUAACCCCCGAGUGACGUUCUCCCUUACCUCCACUGGCUACCUUUACGACACUUUCGAGGGACCAACCAAAUUCCCUAUCAUAAUUUUCGGUUCAGAUCUGAAAGGGCCUGUCCGUCGACGACUCGCUGCACUCGACCAAUACCUCAGCUCACCGAACUCCUUCGUCAACAAAUUCGGCCGCGAGCAGUUCACGCUCGUCGGCAUCACUAUGCAACUUCCAGGAGAUAUUGAUGAGACCCUCGCUGCAGACGGCGACUUGGAAUACCUCAGGAAGAACGUCAGGUGGAUUUCUGAUGAUCACCUCCCUGGGUCUGAUGCCCAUACGGUUUACGGUGUCAACCACGCACUCGGUGCAGUUGUCGUAGUGCGACCGGACCUAUGGGCCGGAAUCACGGUUGUACCCGAUGAGGGAGCUGCUUUGGAUGAGUACUUCUCUGGUUUCUUGCUCGCUCAGUAA